CCUUCCCGAUUGGUCACGCUCGAUUAGCUCUGUGUAGGCUGUUUCUGCCUUGACAGAACAAGAUGGCUGCCUCCAGUUGGAGCAUCCCGGAGAUUUUAAAACACCACCAACAAACAGACGUUUGUUAUACAAGAGCUAAAUACAGGGAAGGGAGGAGGCUUAAGGCUGUCAAGGUUUAUACUAUCAACUUGGAGUCCCGCUGCUUGUUGGUCCAGGGGGUGCCUGCGUUGGGGGUGAUGUCUGAGCUGGUUCAGCUUUUUGCUCUGUAUGGAGUGAUUGAAGAAUACCGUGUGUUAGACGAAUAUCCGUCAGAACAAUUCACAGAAGUGUACUUGAUAAAGUUCCAGAAACUACAAAGUGCAAGAGUAGCUAAACGAAAACUGGAUGAGAGGAGUUUUUUUGGUGGACUUCUACAUGUGUGCUAUGCUCCAGAGUAUGAAACGGUGCAGGACACCAGGGAAAAAUUGCAGGACAGGAGGAGGUAUAUUGCAAGAGUAACACGGAAUAAAGGAGGAGACCAUGAUAAUACAGAGAAGAAAGUGGAGAAGCCUAGUACAUCUGAGGAAGCUGCAUGUGAACAACAGCAAGUGGAGGAAACUGGUGAUGAUGGUGAAAAAGUCGAGAGCUGGAAUGAUUAUUAUGGCUAUCCCAUGCUGCCUCCUCCUCCUCAGGAAGACAUCCCUGGGCAUCAGUCGUUUGGGGAACAGACAUAUUUUAGCUUUAAGGGACUUCCGGAAGCGGGUUCUUCAUCUGAAAGGUUCAGAGUGGUGCCCAGGAAUCGUUCAGCUGAUCACAGUAAGAAUUCCUUGGGGGAUCCCUUAGGGUCUGUUCGUAAAGAUAAGCGAGUUCACAAGGACCAGAAAGAUCCUGUUGCUGUAGUUAAAAGCAGUACUGCAAGAUUCAUACCAAGAACCACACAUUUACAAGAAAGGAAAAGAAAAAUGGAACAGGCUGGGGAACUCUCUCUUUUGGGAAUUAACAGAACAAAUGAGACAAUCAUUGGACCAAAAGUACCAGAAACACCCAAAGUGGAUAUGGGAGAUGAUUCCCUAAACACUUCAGUCGACUUAAUCAGAUCAAAAAUAAUUAAGAUCUCUUCGGUUCCAGAGUCAAAGCCAGGAGAGCAGCAGCCAAUUGCCCCAAAACCACGCAGGAGGAUUUAAUUGUGCUCUUUACACUGGGAAACGCUCUGCUCGAGAGCAAGGAGCUGUGUGAAUGAGGAUGAGACAUAACACAUUGAUUUCCGAGUGGCUCCAGAAGGUCUUCAGCAUUCCAAAACGGUCAUUCUCGGACAUUAACUAGAAUAAUAAGAAGCCCAUGAAAUCACUUUGAUUAAAUUUAUAUUGAUAUUUGAAAGGUGCUGAAGAAACCUCCUUGCUGAACAGAAGUAGGAGGAACAAUCCAGAUAAGCAUUAGAACUAAUACAGUCUGGCGUUAGUGUUUUGACCUUAAAAGGCAUAACAAACAAACAAUGUUUUGGCUGUGAAAUGCAAAAAAUCCCACAACAUUUUAGCUGUGAAGCCUUCUUCAGGUACACAUU